AAUUUCACAAACCAAACAGUCCGCAUUGUUCUUCUCUCGUUCAGUUCCAUCGUAGAUUUCGUAAGCAUACGCCAUACGUGGGAACAAUAACGCGACGAUUUUUUCUCCUGGAUUUGAUAAAAAUGUGAAUGUUUGGUGGAAGAUUCCGUCAGAUUUUUACACGAUCACAACAAUUGAGUACGGAAUAACAGAGAAUCUUAAGGAGGAAGAGGAGGAAUCCGGCCACCGGCGCUUAUGCUUGUCAGCGAUUCGUUGCGCUUCUGCAAAGUCUGAAUAAUUCACAGAAGAUCGCUAGGGCAAAAGUUUGGAACGACGGGAGGAGCUUGAUCUGGGCUAUAGAUCAUGUCGUUCUCAUUCUUCAAGCCAUCGAGGCCUAAAACCCCUCAGGAGGUGGCAAAAGCCAUCAAGGACAGCCUUAUGGCCCUGGAUACCAAAACCGUUGUGGAAGUUAAAGCUCUCGAGAAGGCUAUGGAAGAAGUUGAGAAGAACUUCGUAACUAUGAGAUGUAUGCUCAUUGGGGACGCGGAGGUUGAGCCCAAUGCGGAUCAAGUUUUGCAGCUAACGCAGGAGAUUUGUAAAGAGGGUGUUAUUGAUCUUCUAAUUCACAAAUUGCCUGUCCUGGGAUGGGAAGCAAGAAAGGACCUCGUCCAUUGUUGGUCCAUAUUGUUGAAACAAAAUGUUGACUCCACUUAUUGCUGUGUACAGUACAUCGAGAACCAUUUUGAGUUGUUAGACUUUCUCGUCGUGUGCUAUGACAACAAGGAAAUUGCCGUGAACUGUGGAAAUAUGUUGAGGGAAUGUAUCAAAUUCCCAACACUCGCAAAAUACAUAUUGGAGUCUGCAAGUUUUGAAUUGUUCUUCAAGUUUGUGGAGUUACCGAAUUUUGAUGUUUCUUCGGAUGCAUUUUCUACUUUUAAGGACCUACUUACCAAACAUGAAAAUAUAGUUUCUGACUUCUUGAAUGCCCAAUACAAUGAGUUCUUCGACAGGUAUGAAACACUCCUAAUAUCUUCCAAUUAUGUAACUAGAAGACAAUCAUUGAAGCUUCUAUCAGAAUUCUUAUUGGAAUCUCCAAACUCUAAAAUAAUGAAGCGUUACAUCCUGGAGGUUCGAAAUUUGAAAGUAAUGAUGACUCUAUUAAAGGAUUCUAGCAAGAACAUCCAACUUUCUGCUUUCCACAUAUUCAAGGUUUUUGUCGCUAAUCCUAAUAAGCCACGCGAAAUCAAAGUUAUUCUGGCGAAAAACCAUGAAAAGCUUCUGGAAUUGCUUCAAAACCUCUCUCCUGGGAAAGGUGCGGAAGACGAACAGUUUGAAGAAGAAAAGGAGUUGAUUAUGAAGGAAAUAGAAAGAGUUUCGCGCUUGCAACAUCUUGCUCGUUAAAUCGUCCUCUCCUCCAUUGCAUUUUUCCCUGCCGAAACCACGCCUGUUGCGUGAGUUUGCAUUUAAAAUGCACGAGGUAUUGAUUAUUUGUCAAAGCACAAGUUAUUAAUGUAUAAAUAAUUUUCUUUACUGUGAAACAAUAUUGUUGCAAAUUGAAGGUGUCUGUAAUUACAAUUGUGUGAAGGCACUUUUGACAACUUCUUUUCCGGAUGUAUAUGGCUGCAUUGGAAUCUCUUUGGCUUGGUCUAUCUUGAUCGGCUUAUUCGUUUGUUAAAUUCCCAUUCUUAGUAAAGAAAAUUCUUGGUCA